CUGCGCAAAUUAUAUGGUAGAUUGUGCAUUUAAAAGAGCAUCUAGCUUUGUGAGUCGAUUCAUCAUUGAGACCAAUCUCUGGUGCACGAAAUUCUUCCAAAAUCCCAGGUGUAAAAGCUAACGUAAAGACAAGGGGGUAAAGAAGUACUCAUCUCUCUUGGAAAGUUAGAAUGGACAAGGAGUCUCGAACCUCCAGAUCGACAGCACCACUUCCUUCGGUUUUGAGAUCUCAUGGACGGUGGUUGGAACCUGGGACUACUACAUCAUUACUGCCUCUCUAGAAUCUGGUGAGGAAGCCCCUGGAUAUCCUAUGAACACCACCUCAAUGUCUGCACAACUGAUCCAUCUGUACCCUGAUACAGCUUACGAAAUUGUGGUACUACCUAAACUGAACGAUGGAGGAGAAGGCUCACCGGAUGCUACAACGGGCACAACUGAUGUCUCCCGCAUAGAGGUGACGGUAAGGAGCGAAACCUUUAUCAGUGUUGCUUACACCUUGCCCGAGGACGAGCCAUCUUCCAAUCAGCAAAUAAGACUUGGUCAUUUCGGGAGUACAUUGCAGACUUCUGGUAAUCAGCCAGUAAAUAAUAUGGGGAGCAUCAUCUUCAAUUCAUUUCCCGCUGUCUCACCGGGAGAUCUACUGUACGCAUCAAAUGCUCCAUCGAGUGACCUAACCAACUACUUGAAUGAGAUCCACUUCAGAUAUCCUCCAAAUCCCCCCCAGAAUGUCAUGGUAAAUCCAUCGCCAGGCAAUGCUUUUGCAGUGACCUUCGACCUUCCAGCAACUGGUGGCAACUAUGAUGGAUUUAAGAUCCGUGUCAACGACGAAGUGCGGGAGACUCUGAUGGGCAGUGCCACGACUUCAGUGAUCAUCGACGGUUUGGCCCCAAAUACGCCGUAUACGUUCGAUGUGACGUCUUUUGUGGGUAUCGGCGGGGAUGAAGCAGAAAGCGAAAUCUUCAGUGACACCCGAAUUCUAGUGAACUUUAACCUCAUCCUGAGAGAGGAGACAGUCCUUGGUCUAUCUUGGGGCCAACCUGUAGGCACGGACUAUGACAGUCUUCGGCUGGAAGCAUCUUUUGGACUGAACAGCAGAAACGUGGACCUGCCAGCUGAAUCUCUAGCUUUCAACUUGACCCAACUUACUCCCGGAACCGAGCACACUGUGUCUCUUUACAAGAAGAUGGGCGAAGACAGAGGGGAUCUCAUCACACAGAAUACAUUUCAGACAUUGCCUGCCACCCUGGAUGCAAGCACCAUCACCUUCUCUGUGAAGGAGAAUGGUGACCUGGUAUCGAACUGGAGAGUUCCACUAGGAGUGGUGGAUUAUUAUGAGGUUACUGUCACCCCAGGGGACCUGGUCUUGAACAUCACAGCGAACACGUACACAUUCACUACUUCUCUGGUCCCGUCGACCACUUACACGUUCAGCAUCAAAACUUUUACGGGUGGCUUUGAGUCGACAGGCACAGCUACGGAAAACAGACUUACAGGCCCUGCAGCCCCAGGAGGCAUCGAGAUUACUGCUUACUCAACUGGAGCCGAUAUCGAUUGGACAGAUGUUCCCGAUGCAGAAAUGUAUCGUGUUAUUCUCAAAAAUUCAAGCGGUAGCACUUUGUCUGAUGAUAUGUACGAUGGACCUCCAUUUGAGCCACAGGACUUGGAAGAAGCAACUGCCUACUCAGUUUCCAUCACGUCGAUAGACACAAAUGGAAUUGCUGGAGAACAGCUCACUGGCAGGACCAGCACCAUGCCCUUCACGACAAUCACACGCUUUGCAGAGGUGACUUCCAGGACGGGGGACAGUAUAACCCUAGGCAGCUUGACUGCGGGUGAUGAGGCAUCAGCAGAAGGUGGUGGUUCAGUCUUGGCUGAUGUGUUGGGGAACGCAGUUAUAUUCGGAUUAUCACCGGCCAGGUGCUAUAGAAUUGAAGUCGCCAGAAGUUUAGCUUUAAUUGAUUUUUUUGAAGAAUGCACCCUGCCUGAUCCACCUUCUGUGACCGUACAGAGAGGGAGCCCUACUGAUUCACUGCUGUUGUUGAACAUCACCGCACCAAGCAGUAGCAGUGAAUUGGUGACAUACGCUGUAACCGGUGGGGGAUCAGAUGUGCCUCAGACAGUCACAGACAUUUCAUCUUCGAUCUCUUUCUCUGGCUUGGAACCGUACACAAACUACACCUUCACAGUGGUGUCUGUGUUCAUGAAUCUGGAAAGUUCAGAGGUCACCGAAUCAGAAAGCACAGCUCUUAGUAGUCCUUCGAACUUUGAGGCUACAUUGACCACCUAUACUGAAAUCACUUUGGAGUGGACAGCUGUUCCUAAUGCUGCAAUCUACAUUCUAAGACGAACCCCAGGAGAUGAUCAAGUUAUGACUAAUCAGCCCAGCCAUACCUUCACCGGCUUACGGUCAAGCAGAGUCUACAGCUUUUCUAUCAUUAGCUCCCGCGCCGGGGACUUUGACAGUGAAGAAGUGACUAUCGAUGCUUCCGCAGAGGAGAUUCCUGCAGGGCUACUCGUGGUUACAGAUGUGACCUCUGAAGGGGCCCGCAUCCAAUGGGGAACAUAUGACGGUGUUACCUUCUAUUCAAUAACCUUCGAUCCUGUUGACGCAGUUAUACCUAAUAAUGGCGCUCUUGUGCCUGACAUUAACAUUGAAAUCCACACACCCGGCAAUAUCAUUAAUGUGACUCUGGGGGAUUUACUCAAUAGCGUUGAUGUAUUAGCCUUCACACAACUCAGAAGUGGGCCUGGAUCGCCAAUAGGUCCGUUAAACAUCUCCGGCUCCGUCCUCACGGCCAACAUUACAUGGAUAUCCCCAGCAAGCCCUCAUGAUGGCUUCGAGGUAUACAUUACAAAUUUGGAUUUGCCUAGCGGGGAGCGCAUUCUCAAAGAGACAUUGUCCAACAACCCUGGGUUCUACAUUGUGACAGGUCUUAUUCCAGGAACAACCUUCGAAAUCGAGGUUGGGACAUACCUUGAUCCUGUGGGAAUGUUCCCAUUGCAGAGGAGUGAACAGAGUAUAAAUCUGCGUAAUAAUAUCACGACAGAUGCCCCUGAACGUGAGGAGAUUCUUCUUGUUGACUGCGGUACAGACUACAUCCAGGUGGCGUGGGGAGUGUCAUCCUAUACCUAUGAUCAUUCGAUCGAACCUACUCAUGAGGGAACAGAAAUGGACCUAGACAUGGUCAAUGGUCUUGUUACCUAUCGUGGUUUGCAGCCAGGCACUCAGUACACUAUCUUCAUUACGAACAGCUCCGUGGGUGUGUCUUUGAAUGUGUCCUCAUUCACGGUUCCACUACCACCAAAUGGCUUGGCUAUGUUGUCCGCCACCUAUGACCAGAUAGUGUUGUCGUGGGAUGAGAGCUCUGGUCAGGGCAUAGAGUACGAGAUUGUUGCAACGUCUAAAGCAUGUGGAGGGAUCUCUCUCCCGGUGAUGAACACUAGUGAUCUUAACAUAACGCUGACGGAUCUAAGGAUUGCUACAAACUUUACGAUCAGCGUUGUGGCCGUGGCCAAUGAGGAGAAGAAGAGUGACCCUGCUGUUAUCACAGUAUCUACAGAUUCCAAUGGAGUUGUGGACGGCAGGGUGACCGUAAUACCCAGCAGAGAUAUUGGAGACGACCAGCAAGAAAUAUUGGCACUUUAUUUGUUUGACACUGAGUUUACAUUUACAUCCCUGUCCAUCUCAACAAGUGGAUCUUGUGAAGAUUCAAGCUUCAUAACAUGGAUCUUAACAAGGGGAAUAAUUGUAGGCUUUAAUGUGACUUCUCCCUUCGGGCAUCCAUUCACAGAGUACAGGACAGAUCCUCAGAUCCUUAACAGUGUAUCCCUUUCGAAAACGAUGGAAACGUCAACUCAGUUCAGUUGGACUGACCCGUCCACAGGCAGCUAUGAUGGUGUUAUAUUAGUCGUGACUUCCCUUCAAGAUCAAGAAUACUCUCCUCCAGGACAGCAGUUGAGAACGUUCAAUCCAUUAGUCCAAUACACCUUAGAAGCCCUGAAACCCUCAACCAGUUACAACGUCCGUGUGAAGGCCCUCAGCAAUGCCACGGCUAGAUUUGAAGAACAAUUUGGCCCUGAAGAGAGGAUCAGCUUUACUACACUGUCUCUACCAGCUUCUGAAGUAUUCAUUUUGGAGAUGGGUAACUCUUCAGUGGAAUUAAUCCAUGGGGGCAAUGGCAGUUCAUUCAACUUUAGCAUCAACCCAGACCAUGCUGUAAUCGUACCAGGCGACAACAACAGGGUAGCCUUCACCAAUCUCAUGCCAGGAACCGUCUAUAACGUUUCAAUCUACGUCGUCGAUGAAGAUCUCGAGAGUUCAUUUCUGCUCAGAUUGCCUCCAUUAACACCUAUGGUAGCUGUCAGGGAUACCACAGAAACCACAAUAACACUGGACAUCGUGGCGGGCCCAGGCGAUGCCGAAACGUAUGCCAUUAGAAUCGCAUCCACCAACCCAGACUUCUGUUCGUAUGAAGAUAUAAGGAACAUUGAAUUCUUUAAGAGUGGUGACUACGUCAUCGACAACCUCCCACCCUCGCUGAUGUAUAACAUAGAGGUCAGGUCUGAAGUUGCAGCAAUUGAUGACGUUUGGCUAGAGGCAUAUAGCCCAGGUGUAAACCUCAGUGCAUCUACAGAAUUGGUCCCAUUAGAUGGUUUCACCGUCAUCAACAGGGGAGAAGAGAGCGUAAAUCUUGCCUGGUUUUCAAACACCACCUCGAAUCUCACUCUGACGAGUUGGUCGAGGGAUCAGAGUGUGACUGAAACCCUCCUCUCUGAGACGGAUUGCUCCUCCCCACGAAUAAUGGAGAUUGACUUGAACCGUACCGGCACUGUAUACAUCAUAGCAUACAAUCCAGACUCCUCGGAAGGGUUCAAUUACACCACCCGAACAGACCCAGCGGCUGUUAUGGAUUUGAAUGUCACUUCGGCAAACCAAACAUCUAUUGAAGUUACCGGGAAACUUCCAUCUGUUGGGGAUGUGGAUCGUGUGGAAUUGACAUUGACAUCACCGGAAGAUGGGCGAUACACUACUCCGGUUGAAACUGCAUCAGUGAUAGAAGAGGGCUAUCUUUUCACCAAUCUCCUGCCUAACACCUUGUAUUAUAUUUCUGUAAGGAGUGUUCUCAAUUCGACCGAUGAGUUUGAGGAGCAAAAGAGUAGACCGUACAACAUUACCAAACGAACAGAUGUUCCUGUUUCACCAAUGAUAUUUGAGAUUGAUCGCAAUGAGACGGCCAUCGUGUAUAGCAUAGGAGCUUUCGAUGAUUCCGAUGUGACACUAUCCCCUAACGGGGAUUGGAUGAGUAGUUACGAAACUGAUCAUACAGUUUUCAUCACUAACUUGCUCCCCGGUCAGCUGUACAAUGGUACCAUUUCAACCGCCGAAAUACUCCCUAUCCAAUUCAGAUUACGUCCUAGCAUGCCUGAAAUUACUGUUCUUAACAUGACGGAGUCCAGCAUCGCAUUAGGUCUCCAGCCUGGCAACGGCAUUCUAGAUGAGUACAUCAUCACCAUUCAAUGCAUGGAUGCUACUCAAGACCACUGUGUUUGCGAAGAGGAACACAGAGUUCCAGGAAAUGCAAAGACCUUCGUCAUCGAUGACCUUCGACCCAGUGUUGAGUACAGAAUCAGUGUUGUAGCAUGGGCUGGAUCGGAACUAGCUGAAACCAGUGUAGAAGUUACUCUGGAAGUGACGACUCUGGGGAUUCCUGAUGGUCGCUUCACGGUUUUGGACCAGACACCAGAUAGUGUCAUCUUGGCCUGGACAGUGAGUGGACCGGCCAAUAUCACCAUGGAACGUUUGAUGCCCAGUGGUUAUGUCCUCAAUGCCACAUACGUGUACGACGGCUGCUUCAGCUCUAACGUGCUUGAGGUCAGUGGUCUGGAACCCGUCACAAUUUAUCGCUUCACCAUGCCAGACGAUGUAUCAAUUCUCAUCAGAACAGAUCCUCCUUCAAUUGAAAAUUGUUCCGUGGAGACCACGUCUUCAGGCUACACUUUUACUUGGUCAGCCUUAGCCCCUGGCAGUAACGAUGGCUACCAGGUGACCGUCACCGAUUCACAAGGUGACCUUGUGCAAGAAGAGGCAGUUCCUCCCACAGACGACCCAGAAGUGGUUAAGAUCAGGGUCCCACCUGAAACCGAACUCACACUGGCAGUCAAUUCAUGGUUGGCAGCUGAUGACACAGACAACUUUCCUCAGCAGUUUGGGGCCGUGCCCUGUAUUCAAAACGCUGUCACUAAGUCCCUGGAAGCUGGGGAAGUAUCUCCCACGAAUGUAACUGUCAAUGAGAUCCCCUUCGUUGUGGGUAACGCCAGUGCCCUGGAAGGAUUCGAGGCUUAUGCCUUUGCGGUAGAGCCACCUGGCCCUGUGAUCAGCUUCAACGAGGAUAGUCUGACGGGAGUCUACAGCAAUGUCAUCCCUGGACAGCUAUACACCAUCACCUCCACCAUCGAAGGCACGGACGUCACGUUCACCCUCACAGAAAGAGCAAAACCGUUGCCCCCUGUCGAUGGCAGCUCACCAUCUGCUGGUGUCACGUCUGUCCGUCUCCAAUGGGAAACACCAAGUGGCAUCGUCACCUUCUACAGGGUGACAAUAAACCCAACCCUCGACACGGAUCAGAACUUCAUCGAGGUUACGAACCUCCUGCCAGGCACGGACUACAAUGUGUCUAUUGUGGCUAUCAGUGGCACUGGGCUAUAUCAGCAAAUAAGCGAUCCGAUUGAGUUCCAGGUCAUAACUGAUAAUUUGACGACCGGGGAGCUCGUCUUUGUAGAUGUGACUUCUUCAUCUAUGACUGCCAUUUGGCCGGACAGUGGUUCACCGCCGUAUACGCCAUUUAUCAUGAUAGGAACUGAGAACACACUUUCUGCCCCGAGUCCCGAUGGCAACAUGCUCAUCAUAACAGAAGGUGUGAAGUCAUCACAGAUUUAUGUUUUCACUAUCUACGAUUCCACUUUUGCAUUUGUGGUGGCAAAUAAUUCUGUUCGAACAAAUCCUGAAACCCCACAGCCACCAAUCCUGACCAGCGUAGGACCUUUCAGCCUGUCCUUUGAGUGGGCCCCUACCAACACAACCUUCUCAUCCUACAGGAUGUACUAUGCCCCUUUCUCUUUCAGAAGAGAACUUAUAUCCACGAUUCCGAAUAACAGCUCGGACCUGACGUACAGCCAGGGGUGUCUGAGACCCAACACGGAGUAUGUUUUCGAGGUAGAGACUGUUUUGGAUGCAGCUGAUGGGUUUGGUGAACAGACAAGUGAUUCUGCACAGUCAAUCUCGAUUACAACACGUCAAUACGACAACAACGAACCCCACGUCUCCAGCACCAACAACACCAACCUUCAGGUCAUCUGGCUGGAUGCUGCCACCAACGGUCAACAAGUGUGUCUGAAGGAACUCUGCAGCACCCUACGAGGUGACACGCCCAUGUGUCUCCCAACCAACCAGACGUGCCCGCUGUUCUACACCUUCGAGGGGCUGGUACCCGGCAGGAGAUAUGUGGUCUACGUAGAAUACAACGACGGGACAAUGGAGGAUGUCAUUUUCACGCAAACAAAACCGAACCCUCCAGAGUCCCUCAACGCUACUGCUCUUGGUUCCGAUGAGAUUAGAGUCCUCCUCUCCCCACCCCAGGGAGAGUUUGACGGUUACGAGCUCUCCUUCUCUCCUAAUUCCGCCGGCGGUCCCAUCUUGCUUGAACCAGACACGCGGGAGCAUCUCCUGUACAAUCUCCAAAGUUAUACUACUUACAACAUCCAGGUGUUUGCUUAUAGUGGAAGCAGUGGACAACGGCUAGAGGGUGAUGCGAUCUCAACAACAGCCACCACUGAUGAGGAAAUUCUUGUUGCUACAAACAUUGAGACCAAUCAGAUCUUCGUUUUGUGGUCAACGGAAACAGAGAUGCUCGAUGUCGACUCCUUCCAGACGUUCAGACUCUCGUACUUCUCGAUGGUGUCUGAUUCAAUCCCCAUCCCCAAAAACGCCAUGUCUACCAGCAUUGAUUACGGCCAUUCAGUCACAGACCUAGUACCAGGAGAUCUUGUCACGUUCAACCUUGAGACUGUCACGUUAAGUGGCCAGGCUACUUUAGUAGACACUAUCAUCCGCCGAACAAAGCCUGAAAUGGUUGCAAUGUACCAAGUACAGACAGAUUCAUCAACUAGCAUCCGGCUGCUGUGGAGAGCACCAUCUGUUGGCCUGUACCGGGGAUAUCUCGUAUCGUACUCACCAGCCGACGGAGACCAGAGCUCGCCCAUAGAAUUAGGGCCGGAUGAAGAAGAAUUGACCAUCACUGGACUUCAGUUUAACCAGAUGUAUAAUGUCAGUAUUAGGUCGAUCAUGGGGAAAGAAGGCACCUACAUUGAGAGUGACCCAGAAUCUGCCAAUGUUACAACAGGCGAGGGCGAAGAAAACGAGGUCAAUAUCCGCGACCUUACUUCAACGUCUGUAUCCUUCACCUGGUGGGGGACUGGAUCGGUUGAAUCCCCCAUCGGACUCAUGCCCAUCGGAAGCUGCAUGGCGGAAGAACCACCUGAACAGGAAGUGACUUCUAGAGCGGCGACAUUUGAUGACCUUAUGCCUGGUGCCAGAUAUGCUAUUUCCGGCAUUGGUGGAGAUAAUGCAGAGUUUAUAGCAGUGCCUGACCAAGUAAGCAACAUCGUCGUGAAAUUCAUCAACUCUAGUGCGGUCACCUUUAGCUGGACGGCGCCCUCUGGCUGCUACGACCGGAUAGAGAUCAGUUACGCCCCAGACACCUGCACCAACCCGUCACCAAUUGUGCUCAAUCAUGAUGAAGGCAAUGAGUACACUCUGACUCUUCUACAAGCCAACGAGGAAUAUCAGUUAUCCUUUGUUACUCUUCAAAUGACAGCCAGGAGCGAGCCCUAUGUAGCCAGCGUACGCACAACAUGCCCUGAAAAGGAGAAACUCAAUGUGGGCUCUGUACAGGCAGACAGCAUUUCCCUCACCUGGGGAAACACUACCCAGGCCACUGCAACCGGUUUCACACUUGUGGCCACGCCCGAAUCUUCCACCCCCAUCAUCAGGGAGCUGGAUCUGUCUGUGUUAGAAUACACAUUCGAUGGAUUGAUGAGUGGAGUGGAGUACACUGUAGUGCUCUAUGUGAACGGCACCGCAAUCACUGAUAGUGUUACACAGACUACGUGUCCAAGUGAAGCCCAGAAUGUGACUGUAAUCUUCUCUACCCAAACUUGCCUGACCUUCGCUUGGCUUCCACCAGAGGGGAACUUUCACAGCUAUGAGGUUUUUGUCAGACAUGGCAAUCCUCCAGUGUUUGUCUUAGAGCGGACUGUUUAUCCAGAUGAUGAUCUGAAUGUGUUGGUAGAGAACCUCGAUGCCAGCACACUCUACACCAUCGGUGUGGUCACCGUUGUUGACGGAUUUAAGGGGAUGCCCGCCCUCGCCAUUCAGCGAACAACUGAUAAUCUUGUGAUGACCUCAACCGUGGCUGGUGAUAGCCAGGCUGUGACAGUCUCUUGGCAGAGACCUGAUGGCGCUGACUACUUCAACCUGGUGUACAUUCCAGAUAACGGCGACAUGGCCAAUAGUGAUUUGACCAACCUCACUGACCUCUCGGUGACCAUCGGUAGCCUGACACCUGGCAAGAGAUAUGUCUUUAUUCUGUCUGUUCACGACAUGGAUGGACAAAGCGCUUUGCUGGCGCAGACUUCAUAUACUCUCAGACCAGAGAGGCCAUUAAUCCUUGGCGUAAUGUCUUCUGUAACUAUUGCUGCAAUGGCCGUAACAGCACAGGAAGGAGUGUAUGAAACGUACAAGAUUAGUAUAAGUCCAUCAGGCAGAACUCUCCAGGGUGACCGGGCAGCAUUGAUCUUUCAGUACAUAUCAGGGCUUGAACCCGACACAGACUACAUAGCCACUGUUACUUUCAAGACCGGUGAUGAAGAAGCAGAAGCGGACUAUGAAUUUGAAACAAAUCCUCUUAUAAACGGCCGACUUUAUUCAGAUGAGGAGACAACCGAUUCUAUUCGACUUGUCUGGGAAGAGAUUCCUGACACAGACACAUAUGCCAUUCAACUCGACGACAGGUUAUUCUUCACUCUUGAGACUUCAUAUGUACUGACUGGUUUAAAGGCUGGUACCGAGUAUUCCCCUACUCUUUUGGUCAGGAAGACGGGGAUGACUGAAUUAGAUAAUGUAGAUACUGCCGCUAUUUAUACAUUACCAGAACCAGUCUUGUUCUUUGAAGUGAAGGAAAUUAUUGACAACAACGUCACUUUUGUUUGGAGUGGCCCAUCCUCAGACUUUGAUAGAUAUGGUCUGGCUAUCGCACCACCAAUCGUCGAUUACAGGAUAUCUCUCGAUGAGAAGGAGAUUACCAUACAGGUCAACACAAAUAAAGAGUUCCUAGCCUCAAUCUACACCUAUGCCGGACCUUGGUCUAGUGAGCCUUCAACACUGAAUGUCAUCAUAGACCCAAGGGAACCUGGGACUAUUGACGUGGAAGAGUUGACCUCGACAUCCAUCUCAAUCACGUGGACCGAGAUUGCAGGAAUCACCGACUAUAUUGUCAACCUCACCCUGGCCAGCAACAACACUGAGCUGUUCUCGGGAGUCAUCAGAAGUUCCCUCAAGGCCAGCUUCUCAGGACUGAUGCCGGGAGAGGAGUACAUCAUCAAAAUUGGGUUACAGUGCGCCGGAGAAGUUCUCUCUCUUCGACAGUAUACAUUACCUCUUGAGCCGGUGUGCGCCGUCUUUACUUGGGUCACCGAAGACUCUGUCACCCUGCAGUGGUCUCGUCCUGAAAGCCAGCUCUUCGGUUACGAGAUCAUGUAUGACGACGGCAGUGGUCCAUACAGUCCUAUCAAUGUGUUCGACAGGAACUCUUUGCAGUUGGAGAGAACAAUCAUGGGUUUGAUGGACGGACCAGGUGUUGAGGUGAACAUCACCACGCUCGCUGGUGCAGGAAUGACCCAGACCAGAAGCAACCCCGUCAAGAUCAGUCCAAGUUCCCUUGGCAGUGCCUUCAACAUUACAACGGUGACAUCAACCAGCAUCGCGUUUGGAUGGUAUGACCUUCCAGACGCAUCCGAGUAUGAUGUCUGCAUUCAGCAGAUUAUGGGGAAUGCCACUUGCCGUAACGUGACUGAGAAGACGACGGAAUUUAGUGACCUUUUCCCUGGUGCAGCCUACACAUUUUCACUAGGGUGGGAGUCUGCGUGUGGAGUAACCCUCACCUUCAACACUGUACCCAUAAGUCCUGCCAAUCUGUCUUUGGGCAGCAUCUCCUCUUGCGCAGGUCAAGUGACGUGGGAUAUCCCUGAAAGUGAGUACGAUUUCUUUGAAGUGACCUACAGUCCAGACCAUGGCUUCACCAACUCUCCAGCUCCCAUCUACCGCAUGGACAUCAAUGAGAACCAAACAAGGGUUGAAUUUUCUUUCAUCGGCAUUCUGCCGGACACCAAUUACAACGUCACAGUGGUCACGGUCGUGGGGGCCCUCGAUGUGAGGAGUGAGCCCUCGUACAUCUCUUUCAGAACAGAGUCUCCUGCAAAUGGCAGUGUAGCAGUUACUGCGCUGUCUGCGGAUUCCAUUCAGGUCGGAUGGGGCAACAACACUCAGGAUUAUGUUAACAUACGAUUCAACCUGGACGGCGAGAACCAGACUGUGUGCGAGAACGAAUUUAUCUGUGCUGUUGGCAACGGCAGCGAGUUUUUUAACAUCAAUGACCUCCAAUCUGGUCGGAAAUACCACGUCUUCAUUGAUCAGGAUGGUGUGUGUGGAACCCUUCAGCAGUACACACGUCCGUUACCACCAGUCAACAUAGAGACUGCCGACAGCCAACUUACCUCGCUCUUAAUCGCCUGGUCCGACCCAGGCAACGAGACCAUGUUUGACCGGUACUACGUCGCCUACGAGAGAGCGGAUGAGCUUGGUAACUUCACAGAGGUGGGUUACCUCUAUCCCAAUGUGACCUCUAUCUUCCUGGAAGGACUAACGCCACGCACAGAAUACCUAUUCAAUGUGUCUACGGUCGUGGGCGAGGGAAAAGCCCAGGCUUUCAGCGACGGGGAAUUGUAUUCUGCAUACACUGCUGAGGCCAAUGGGACAGUUACAGUCUUUGAAUAUGACACGACCAGCAUCAUGUUUACCUGGCCGAACAUGACCUCUGACCUCAACGUUAGCAUCUCCAUCAUACCCAACGAUGGCGCCCUUGACUUGAACAUCGGUAACAGAAGCGCUCAGGUUACUGGCCUUGUUCCUGGGAGACUCUAUAAUAUCAGCGUCCUACCAUUUGAAACCAUCUUUCAAAGAACAAAGCCUCUUCCUCCAUACAACGUCUCGAUCUGUCCAGAUGUCGGCGAGACCUUCUUCUCGUUCUGCGUGAGGCUCACUCCACCAACAGGCGACUACAAUGCCUUCUACGUACUCACCAUGGACGACUUCCAGGCAGUACAGGAGCGAAGAAAGAGGUCCCUGCAAGAAUUUGGCUUUGAUUUGGCGAAAAGAUUGGGAGGAAACGAACUUGAGACUGUCCUUGAUGAUUUGGUGCCAGACACAGGUUACACUGUGCAGGCUGUGACCGUUAGCGGUGCAGGAAGUAUGAAUGAGGAAUGUAGCGCACCGGUUGAAACUAUCGGCAGAACUUUGAUGAUAGGAGAGACUGAACUUGUCUUCACGAUGGUCAACUCAACAGCGUUUAGAGUAUGGUGGAACCGCGAUCGCAAUUUCACCGGGAAUUACAACAUCACGGCCCCGCCCAGUGACCAGCAAAUGCUGAUGUCACAUGACUCGAUACCAUUCGCUGACUUUGAGGGCGUGCUUUCCUCGACAGUUUACAAUGUCUUGGUUGAGACCGGCCCGUCUGGUCCUGUAGCAGCGGGAAGUGUGAGAACUGAUCCUGAUUUGGUCAGUAAUGUCUUCCUGACAUCUCUCGACGAGAUCACACUCAUUGCAUCUUGGGACCCACCCGACGUUGUCACAAGCUCCAAUGAGAUUCUGCUUACACUCUCAACAAACAGCACGGAGGUGCGAUCUGUCAAUGUUUCAGGAAAUGUCACUGAAUUUGUUUUCAAGUGUCUUGAGCCAGAAACGGAAUACACAGUAGAACUCGUCUCCCUGCUGCAGGAGAGCGGAUCGUUUGAAAAACAAUACGCAACCGAAACACCACCAACUGCCACAAAUUCAACAGUGGGCCUGCGUCCAGCUAACGAGUCUACACCGGUUGUUGACUCUUUAACUUCCACCAGCAUUGCUGUUCGUUGGGGGCGCCUGGGCCAAGCCGGCUACAGCGUCUGCCUGGUCGAGUACUGCCGCCAGCGCCUGGAUGACCCUGUGUGCCUCACUAAUAACUCUGACUUGUGCAGCAUUGAGGGAGAGUUUGAUUCUCUAGACCCAGGGCAGCUCUAUAUUGUCUCCUACAUGGACCCCUAUGGAGUGUCUAUGGAACUGGAGAAAGUGAGAACAAGGCCUUCACCCCCAUCCUCCGUAACCAUCACAGCGGUCAGCUCUCGCCUGAUCGAGAUUCGCUGGACUCCACCGCCAAACAUCGCUGAGAUGGUCCUUGAGUACUUUGAGACUGAAUCUCCCUCCAAUACCUGGGAGGCGAGGAUAGACAAUGAUGGAAUGUACGACAUCCAUGGUCUGGAUGCGGAUACAAGCUAUACUGUACGGCUGAGCAGCGUGGGACGAACAGGAGCUGGCGAUGGCAGCGAUGGCAAGCGUUUGUCAGGAGAGCCCCUGGAGGAAGUCGUCAGGACAAGUGCCAGAAUCCUGUCAGUCGUCAACACAGCAAAUGCUCUUACUUUCUUGUGGGACGAGCAGCCGAACCCUGAGACAUUCACAGGCUACUUGAUCACAUCCGCCAGUAUCAAUGAGGUCAUACCGAAGCAGAGCGAGGAGACUUCGUACCAAAAAUCCAUAUCGAACUUGACUCCCGGGCAACUCUACGAGGUCUCACUUUUCCUCCAGCCCAUCACUACUUUCCCAGCGCCUUUGGAUCAACUGCAGGUUCGAACAGCUCCAAGUCCUCCAGAGUCUCUUCGUGUUGUAGAUGAAACUAUCACCACGCUGCGCAUUGAAUGGGACUCACCUGCAAGCGGUCUAUACCGGGGCUUUGAAGUCGACAUUUCACCACCAACCGCCCUGCAGGAGCUGCCCAGGAUAGUGGGUAGCGACAUACGCGGAUUUACCUUCGUGGGGCUGAUGCAUAAUUCAGAGUAUACUGUUUCUGUCACAACUAUCAUGGGCGAAGAAGGAUUGGAAGAGAGGAGUACAACAGCAGAAAAGACUGUCAUGACAGCCCGUGGAGAUGGAGAUGAAGUGUACCUCCUGUCUGUUUCAUCAACUGAUGCAGAAAUUGGUUGGACCAGCCCACCUCUUACAAUGGGAUACUUGGAUGGUUCACAGAUUACAGUUUCGGGGCAACGUACCAGGAUUCCAGAUCUCACCCCGGGCAGGCAGUAUACUUUCACAGUUAAUGACGUUGACCUCACGUUCACAACAGUUCCUGAAAGGCCAGAUGGUCUGGAGCUAGAGAGUGUAGGACCUUACUCCUUGGAUUGGAAGGUAGAUACGUCUCUCAAUGACCUCAACUACGAGCGCCUUGAGGUCAGCUACAGCCCCGAGUCCAGUCAGACGGACUCUCCCUUCGACAUCAAUCGCUGCACCGAUGGCACCUUCACCCUUGAGGGGCUUCAGCCGGACACGGAAUAUUCUGUCUCGGUCACUGCGAUUUCUGGUGACACCAGAAGUGACGUACUAACCAGAUAUGGAUUUACAACAUGUGCUCUGGAAGGUCAGCUCCAUGUGGUAUCCCUUAGUAGUGAUGAAAUUGCUCUAGCAUGGGGACCUGUCAACAACAUCCAGGGCUAUGCUGUCAAGUUAUUUAAUGCCAUUGGUAACAACAUGAGGACCUUAUCUCUCUCUGCUAAUAGUAUGAGUGCCACGCUUGACUCCUUGUCGCCAGCAUCCAACUACUCUGUGCAACUUAUUGUGAUGGAUACCGAUGAUGGAAGUGUUCUGCAGUUUGUGACAGAUCCUGCCCCACCCGGCCCAAUCACCUUGCAGUCUUCAACCCAGACCCGCCUCUCAUUUACGUGGACACCAGCCACCAGUAACUUUGACAGUUACGAAUUAUCCAUCUCCGGGGGUGACAUGCCAGAGCCCCGCCCAGUGGGUGUGGUCUAUCCCAACGAGGGGAAUGAAUUUGAAGUGGGUGGUCUUCUUCCAGAUACGACCUAUAACGUCAGGAUCUACUCUGUCUUCUAUGAAUCGCGUAGCAUCGCUUCAGAAGCAUCAUUCAAUACAGAUGAACAAAUCCUAGAGUUUAAUGUUGGUAGCAACCAGAACCUCACCGUUUCGUGGCAGGUACAAGAGGGCGCCGAGUCCUAUCGCCUCAUCUACACGACCACCAACAGAAAUACCAACAGCAUUGCUCGUCCAGCCACCUCUACGUCUAUCACCAUCGACAACCUUCUGUUUGGCGCCAUCUACAAUUUUAGACUCGCCACCAUCGCUGCUGAUGGCACUGAAAUGGAGGUUGCCAAUGCAGAUUUUGUUCAGAGUCCAUUAACUCCAUCCACCAACAUUUCAGACAUCAAAGCAACGACUGCUUUACUCACCUUUUCUCUAAGGGAAGGGAUCUUUGACGAUUACGUUGUCAUGUUAUCGUCUCCGACGGAUAGCUGCGGUGCGCGUCAGCCGGUCUUCACCCUUUCCCGUGAGGCGUGCCCUGAGCUCCUCCUCUUGGACCUGUACCCUAACACCAUGUAUACGGCCCAGGUCUUCGCAAGGACCGGGGAGAGGGGACUCAGUCUUCCUAGUGAAACCACCUUGCAAAAUUUCACCACUGCUACUGUAGUCAAAAAUGAAGUGGAAAUCAGCAAGGUAGGAACUAACUCUUUAGAGAUCAUCUGGAAAACUGACAAUGUCGAUGAAUAUCUCCUGCACUACAGUGGUCCUGAUGGCCCUUUGAUGUCAGACAUUGUCCCCUACAUUGAGAUUAAUUACUACACCUUCGGCGAGCUUACGCCUGGGACGCAGUACAGCAUCAGUGUCAUCAGUCUGAUGAAUAGGGAAAGGCAGGGUGAUGCAUUGGAAGUGAUGCAGUACACAAAGCCUGAUCCAAUCUCGAACCUGGUGCUAACACCCCAAGAAAACACCAUCAACCUCACCUGGACAUCACCCAGCACCAUGUACGACGGCUUCCUCAUCUGCUGGUAUUCUGCUACUACUGAAGACAACAAAGCUUGGCUUGAUGGAGAUGCCACCACCUACCCAUGGGUUAUCUCUACUCCCAACGAGGAGUAUGUUGUUUCUGUUGCUACGUUCGUUGGGGAUCGUGAGGGCGAUUACGUCCUCAGCAAUAAGGUUACUGACUUCAUAACCCUGACUGAGACGUCCCCUCUGAUAUUAAAGGACAUUGCCACAGAUACCAUCUCUGUGUCAUGGGUGACGAUCCCGGGUGUCGUGGACUACACUCUCUCGUACAGCCCUCCAGAUGGCAAUGAGCAAGCCACACAAGACAUUGACGAGUCCUCUGCGAUUGCGGAAGGCCUCAACAACAUUUACUAUGUGAACUUCACUGGGCUCACUCCGGGAAGGGAGUAUACUUUCACUGUCGUCUGGCCCCUGGCUUUUAACUACUCCACCGAUGCCAUUCGCACAAAUCCUUUACCCAUCUACGAUCCUUCCGUCACCAAUACCACCUCCUGCAACCUGCUCUACCAAUGGUGUCUCCCAGAUAGUGACUUUGACAACAUCAGCAUCACCAUCGUCCCUGAUGUCUCGAUGCGAACGUUGAGCCGCGGCAACGGCACCGGUGGAAUGUGUGACUAUCAAACGGUGUACCUUGAUGGAUUGGAGCCUGCAACGUCUUACAACGUUUCAGUUGAGGUGAUGAGCGGAGACAAAAGCAGUGAGGUCGUCAUGGUGUACAGCACAACAGGCGACAGAGGUGGUGCCAUCACUGUAACAGACGUGAGCACUACAAGCCUCAACAUCACUUGGUCGGAAGUGCCCGGCGAGGACGAAUUCACAGUGCAAUGGACGGUUGCUUCUGGAGAUCCCUUAAAUGCAACUGUUUCUGGUGCCCACGAACUUUCAAUCGGAAAUUUGCAGCCAGGGGACGAUGUGCACAUCACCGUUGCGUGGGACUUUCUUUGUUUGCUGCCAUUUAUGAGGCAAUACACAAAACCACUGCCAGUAAAUAACGUGACUCUUGAUGAUAGCACCAUUUUCACUCUUACCAUAUCCUGGGAGAAUCCAAUCGAUGGUUCUUUUAACAUGUUCCUCGUCGAAUACGCUCCGGUUCGGAGUCCUGAUUCUGUGAUGGCCCUAGACCCCAUCAACAUGGGGACCAACACUGCAAUUAUACCUAACUUACAACCGGGUACUUUGUAUAACAUCAUGGUAUAUGCCUUGGCAGGAGAGGAGAGGAGUGAUGCAACAGAAAUAACUGCAAUGACAAGACAACAAAACUCAGAGGAACUACGCCUGCAGACAAGGACGUCCACGUCCAUCUCUGUCUCCUGGGGCAACACCACCCGACCAGAGGUGACUGGUUUCGUAUUGCGUAUUACCUUCCAGGAGGGCGACGCGAUAGACUCUAUAAAGAACGUAAGCCUUGGUGAUGUCCUAGGCGUUGAAUUCAGCGACCUCAUCCCUGGCACUAACUACACCGUUUACCUGCUUGUUGAAGUAGAAGGCCAAUUGGAUACAGCAGUACAUUCCCUUGAUGUCACCACAUUGCCCGGAAUGCCAGGAAACAUCUCCUGUGACCCCACAAAGACCACACAAAGUCUGCUCGAGAUUGAGUGGGGCUCAACGCAGGAGGGUAACUUUGAUGGUUAUGCUAUCAGCACACAGACCGGUGAUGGCGAAGAGAUCCCUCUGGAAUCGGUAGAGAAGGAUGAGCAGCUCCAAGCGACGGCUGACUACCUGAUGGACAACACGAUCUACACCUUCAUCGUCAGGAGUACGCUAGGAGACUUAAGAGGAGAACCUACUACCAUGACCUGCAGGACACAUCCCCAAAACCUAAUGGUCUCCACCUCCACCUCCCCCUCUGGGGGACAAGAAGUCUUUCUCGACUGGCAGGACUAUGGGGCAUCUUCGUACAAGGUGGAAUAUACACCUCAGGAAGGUACACCCAGCUCUCCCAUCUUCCUCGACACCAGGCAGCUGAUCCUCCGCAACCUGUCCCCAGGCACUGCAUACCACUUUACUUUACACUAUACAGCUACGGGAUCGACAACCGGCGUGACCUUUGUGCUUGCACCAUUGCCUGUAGUGCAGGUCAUCAUUGUACUCCGACGGCCCACGUCUUUCACCAUCCAAAUUACUUUGCCACGAAGAGGAAGGUACCGUUUCCUACGCCUGAGGGUCAGACGACGCAGCCAGGGCUUGGACGCUGGACCAGACGGAGACGAAUUCUUGAUUCCGACGGACGCCUGUCCGGAGUAUACCUUCAAUAAUCUUCUACCAGACACAGACUACGCCGUGGAUGUGAACACUGUCGCUGAGGAUGGACGCACAGAGAGCAGUCCGAGUACAAUGGAUGUAACAACACCACGUAUGGAGGAAGGUGACAUUUCUUUCAACGAGGUCACGACCACGUCAAUCAGUUUCGCAUGGGGUAUGGUCUCGGCCGAUACCAACGGACCCUUCGACUUCUACCUUCUGAACUUGAAGAACGAGUUGAGCAUCGAUGUCCAAAACGUCCAGGUGAAUACCAGCGAGACUAGAGAGCAUACCUUCAUUGGUUUGAUGCCAGGCGAGCUGUACAGGGUGGAGCUGAUUGUCAACAGUAACAGACAGAGAAGUGCACCUAUGUACACCCGCCCAGACAAACCAACCGACAUCAUGCUCUCCGACCUCACAACGACAAGUCUCACCAUCGACUGGAAAGCACCGCUUACCAGCUAUCAAGGAUUCAGGCUCUGCUGGGCUUAUGGCGAGACCAACUCGCUGGAGCUUGGACCAGCUGUCAUGGAACGAACGCUGUCAGACUUGGAAGCAGGAGCGGAGUAUUUGGUUUCACUCGCUGCUGUCGUUGGCACGGGGGCUAACCAGAUCACUAGCGAGAAGUUCACUACCAUUGUCACCUUAUUCCCACCUGCUGAGCUCCACGUCAACAUAACCAGCUUCAACACCACCGCAGUCUCCAUAGUUUGGGGGACAGACAUCCCUCUCUUGGACGUCAGCAGCUACGUGGUCAGCUACUGGGAGACUGCCAACAACGGGUCAGUCCAGGACAUCUCGGUGGACGAUCCUAGCCAGACUGACUACACCAUCGACGGUCUGGUGCCAGGCACUCGGUAUAGUUUCAUGGUGGAUGCCCUGGGAACUGUUCAGGCAGUCACCUCCAUCGGAGCCACACAGUACACAAAUCCAGAGACUGUUGCAGAGAUUCGUGUCAUCCCGUCCAUAACCUGCUCUGUUCGUUUGGAGUGGGAUCGACCCGAAGGAAACCUCGAUAGCUACAUCUUCCACUACAACGUGACUCGAGGCACCAUCGUCGGCGCACCCCUCCAACUCGACGUGGCAAUCAACGACACCGCAGAGACCUUGACGUAUCUCUUAGAGGGACUUGAGAAAGAUUCAUCCUCUGACUUCGUCUCGUUAGAAGUCGGUGUCACCACUGUGGCUGGAGCUGGAGAGGAUCAAGUCGAAAGCUUGCAGCAGGUGGUGAAAGAUCUUGAUGUCAAUGUUGUCACCAUCACCAUUUUGGGCCGUGAUCAGAAUUCCAUACAAGCUGAGGUGAAUUCAAGCGUAAGCAAUGUAGAAAGCAUUACAACCGGAUUGUACAACGCCGAGAUGGUGACUAGCAGCACGACAAGAAACUGUUCGACCAUGGAUUGCGAAUCGUUCACGGUGGACUUUGAUACGUUGAAUUCCGGCACUCUCUACACUCUCUAUGCUGCAGUUGUACAGAGCAGUGGACGUGAAGUUGUUCCCUUACUCGCAAAGGCAGCUACAAUCCCAGAAUCCGCGGUUGAUCUCCAAUUCACCAGCAUCGGCAGGGACUAUGUGGUCCUGACGUGGGACAACCCUGCCGGGAUGAUCGAUAGCUACAACAUUUCCUACUAUCCUGUUAAUGACAUCACAAAGCUGAUGUUCGAGGUCGUUCAGGCUGCUGCUGAAAGCAAUGUGCUGAGAGUGGAUGACCUUAAUGAGGGAAUGAAUUACUCCUUCACUGUGGUGUCUCUCCUUGAAGUGGAAGCAGAUCUCCAGGAGAUGGGCGCUCCUGUGGAAGUCUUUGCAGUUGUUGGAGUUCUGGGAAGCUUAAACAUCACAGCAUUCGAUGAGACCACCAUUAGCAUUGAAUGGGAGCAAGUUGACGUAGAAGAGUACAUUCUCUCCUACGAUGCACUGGAGGGAGGGUCUGGUAACGUGACCGUUCAAUCAACUGACCCCAAUUCCUACACCUUCACCGGCUUGACCCCUGGUACACAAUACACCAUUGGUGUCCAGCCAGGUAUAUACGCUGCACUUGAGAAGACGCAGUCCACAGUUCCGAAUCCGCCAACAAACUUAAGAACCACGAUGGUGGCAGCGCAGAGUAUAACAGUCAGUUGGGAUCCACCUUCAGAGGGUGGGAGCGAUACGUAUAACAUCACCUACAAUGUAACCGGAGGGCAGCCGCCAUCUCCCCACACUGUAUCAACAUCGGAAACGUCUGUGACAUUUAGCAACCUGACACCUCUGACUGAGUAUUUCUUCACGAUAGUGAAUAUUUGGAAAUCUCUACCAAGCCGUUCAGAGCUAACCAGGGCGACUACAUCUGCCCAGACUCUCAGUCUGGCCGUAACCCCUAAAUCCACCACCGAAUUCACCGUGAGCUGGGAAGACCUGGACACCGAGGCCUUUGACCAGUACUGCGUCAGGUAUGAACCGUACGAGGCGAGGGUACUCAGGCAACAGGAGAGUUUUUCUGUAUCCAGGGACAUCCGAUCUGCCCGGUUCUACGGUCUAGAUCCGGGCCAGGAGUACACGGUUUUUGUCACAAGCUGCUCCAAUUUCUCGGAGGCAACAAGCCAUGCAAAUGAAAGAAUUUCGUUCAGAUUAGAUCCGGCUGCCAUCGCAGAGAUCCGCAUUAUGGACGGCUCCCUCGGUCCUCGCGCUGUGAUGCUGGAAUGGGACCAACCCGAGGCCGAGGGUAUCCGUGGACUCUACGAAGUAACCCUUGACCCCGCAGACGAGGGCAGUGUGGAUGUGGAUGGGGAUGAGCUUCCUGUCAACAUCACUGGCGUCAUGACCAGUAUUAAAAUCCUGAACUUGGCAGCCGGCAAGGGCUAUACAGUUGGAAUAACCGCCAUCAGUGGAGACAAAAGAAGCGAAAAUACAACCUUCCUGUUUUACACACUACCUGAUCCUCCUCAAAACCUUGUCAUCUCUGAGAUCGGGGAAGACACAGCAACGUUAUCCUGGGCAGAUCCUGCUGAGAUGAACUUCGCUAUUGUCGAUGUUGUCAUGACAACGAUGCCAGCAACGAAGACUGUGAUCUUAAAACUGAACACCAACACAGUUGAGCUGACCAACCUGGUCCCAGGGCAAACUUAUACUGUCCAACUUGCAUCAGUGAUACGGCCAGAUGAUGCACUGAACCAGCCAGAAGUGAUUGGAGAGCCUCAGGUGUCAUCCCCCUUCCUGAUGAAACCUGCCUCACCAUCUGACAUCUCCGUAAGCAACAACGAAUUGACACGAGUAACUGUAACAUGGCAGCCAAGCGAGGGUGUGGUUGCACGAUACAGUUACACCUACGGCCUUCCGGGCUCCACGGUCACGGCCAGCGAAACCACCACAACAACCGACACCUCCAUCCAGCUGUCCAAUCUCACACCCAGCACGCGUUACGAGUUCCGCCUGUGGGCAGAAAGCGAUCAGACGGAAGGAAGCGAAACAAGCUCCAGUGAUGUCGUAACAGUUAAUAUCGUCACAAAGCCAUACAGCCCAUCUUUUACAGGAAGCGAGGUUAUGGCUACAUCUAUUACAUGGACAUGGAGCUCGCCAUCUACGAUUGUUACCAAUUUUGUAAUCUCAAUCAAAGAUGACACAGGCGCUAACAUCAACACACAAAGUGUACAAGAAGGCUUGAUGAGUUAUACAGAAGAGAAUCUGGCCUCAUACACUGUUUAUGACGCUGUUCUCCAAGCUGUCUUCUUCAAUGUACCUAGCGAUCCUGUCGCACUGGCAGUAAGAACACUGCCGUCAAUGCCUAGUGCGGUCGGUGGACUGACCAUCACCAAGACUGGUAUCGUUGAUGCUGAGGUCAGCUGGUCUUCUCCUUUGCUUCCAAAUGGCGUCAUUGCCAACUACUCCCUGACCAUUCACAUCUCACAUGACAAUGGCACCCUCUCUCCAUAUGGGGAUACUGUCACCAUUAGUGCUGUGGCUGAGCCGACAGAAUACUCACAGGAUGUCAUUGGCUUGGCUGCAGGGCAGUACUAUGUUUUCUCGGUGUACGCUACCAACCAGGUCGCGUCUAGUAAUCAAAGGUCGACCACCAGAACCCUGUUUGCUGAAACAGCUCCACCGACUCCACCUCGUGGUGCAACUCCCUCGUUGGUCUCCCGAGGCAGCACUAUCACCAUCACUUUUUUCAAUCUCUUUGAUACUGCGUUUGGACGCAUCGUGCGCUUUGCAAUCAUUGUGCAAGAACGUGUUGAUGGCGGUACCGUCGUCAUCACAGCCAAACGUCAGACCACAUCUACACUCACCUGGGCUGAAGCCAGAAGGACACGCCCUGUUCCCUCCUACCAGACCACGCCUGAUGACUAUAACCCUUUUGCUGAUGGGGCAGGUGUAACCACCUUCAGAGUUGGGUCACAGUCCUGUGAUCCUGAUGAUCUUACUGCCUAUUGCAAUGGGGCUCUCUACCCUGGUACCUCUUACAGAUUUGCUAUUAGAGCGUAUGGUGUGGACGGCAAGUUUGUGGAUACUGAAUUCAGCUCUCCAUUUAGAACAGAUCCCGACAGAGGAAUAUUUGUCAUCCCGGCAAUUGUCCUUGCCAUCAUGGUAGUCAUCAUCCUCAUCAUCUUCAUGGCCAUGGGAUUUGGAUGCUGCGGAAAACCGGAUGAUGGUAUGUACUCUGAUGACAGUAAUGGAUAUGGCAAUGACUACAGCAACGGCAACGGCUACAGCAAUGGCAAUGGCAAUGGCAUUAUGAAGAGGGCGCUAAUCAACGAUGGAGUAAAUACGUACGCAUACCAGCAGCCACAAAUAAUGGAGCACUCGUUCACGAAUAUACCCGAUUACUCCACGAUACCACCUAACAGGGGAACCACAGCCCAAGUUCACCAACCUUCCACCACGCAUACCCGUCCUACCAAGAAGAAUAUGUUUGCCCAACACGUUGCCAAGAUGUCUGCUCGCAACAAUGCUGGAUUCAGUGAUGAAUAUAAUAAUUUGCCAGCGAUGGAAAAGACUCGAGCGGUGACUGCGGCUCGACAGGCCAGAAAUGAUGAUAAGAACAGAUACAGGAACAUCUUGCCUUAUGACUACACCAGAGUCCAACUGAAAGGAGUAGCCGGUACCGAUUACAUCAAUGCAAGUUACAUUAAGGAUGAUCAUGGACAGAAGAAGUACAUUGCGACCCAAGGACCCUUGCCAAACACCAUUGAACACUUCUGGGAGAUGGUUUGGGAAAACCAGACCAGUACCAUUGUGAUGAUGACUGCAUUGGUGGAAGGAGGAAAGACCAAAUGCGAGCACUACUGGCCAGCUGGAGAAGAGCCUCAACUGCAUGGCAACGUGACUGUCACCCUUGUUGGCAGUAACCAGACCGAUAACUUCAUCGAACGCACACUUCUCCUAGAAAAGGAGGGUACAGAACGCACCGUGACCCACUACCAGUACCUCGCCUGGACCGACCAUGGCGUGCCCGAGUCCACUGCCCCUCUAGUGGGGCUACUCCGUCAGGUCAAAGUGACUAACCAGGAAGAUGGGGCAGCAACCGGUCCGAUCGUCGUCCACUGCAGUGCUGGUGUUGGCAGGACAGGAACGUUCAUCGCUGCUGAUAUGUUAAUGGAUGCCAUACAACGAUCCACUGCUACCGACUACAUUGACGUUGCUGGUACUAUAGCGAAGAUCAGAGAGCAAAGAGCCCUCUUGGUUCAAACACUGUACCAAUACAUCUAUCUUCAUCGUACCGUGCUUUCCUUGAUCGAGGAGCAAUAAGGAUCAUACUCCAGAAUGGACUUUUACUACACCCAGAGACACUCCAUGAGAUUCGAUUGGGUUAACUCUGCAUAUCUAGUAAAUAAAAUAAAAAAUGCUCGUUCACAUAUGACCGGGAAUGCCACCGCGCAUAAACUGCUGCGGUUUCCUUAUGUUUAAACGAAUGUAAACUGCACGCAACAAUGGUCUUAUGCAUUAAACUUAGAUGUAGCUUUAUGCUAUCCAAUAGGCAAUGUGAAGCAUAUUACACUUUACGUCUUCAGGGGGGUGUUUCACAAAGAUUCUAAGUUGAACUU